AUGGCCUCUCGGGGCCCGGCCGGCUCCCACCCCAUCUCUGCCGAGCCGCUGUCGCGCAGCAUCUUCCGGAAGUUCUUGCUGAUGCUCUGCUCGCUGCUCACGGCCCUCUACGUCUUCUACUGCCUGGCGGAGCGCUGCCAGCCGCUGUCGGGGCCCGUCGUGGGGCCGUCGGGAGGCGGCGAGGGGGCGGGGGUCCCGGGUCUCCGUGUCCCGCCUGGACCCCGGGAGUUGGCCCUGUGGCCCGCGGCGGCGCAGAGGAAGCGCCUCCUGCAACUGCGGCAGCGACGGAGGGUCUGGCCGCCCCGGCCCAGGGAAGGCAGCUACGAAGAACCCGACACCCCGGGGCUGGUCGUGGGUCCCGGCGGCUCCGGGGCUGGGAGCAGCGUGGCCGAAGCUCCCCCAGGGACCCUGGCCUUACUCUUGGACGAAGGCAGCAAGCAGCUGCCUCAGGCCAUCAUCAUUGGCGUGAAGAAGGGAGGCACGCGGGCGCUGCUGGAGUUCCUGCGGGUGCACCCCGACGUGCGCGCGGUGGGCGCCGAACCCCACUUCUUUGAUCGCAGCUACCACAAGGGCCUUGCCUGGUACAGGGACCUGAUGCCCAGAACCCUGGAGGGCCAGAUCACCAUGGAGAAGACUCCCAGCUACUUCGUGACUCGGGAGGCGCCCGCGCGCAUCUCAGCCAUGUCCAAGGACACCAAGCUCAUCGUGGUGGUGCGCGACCCGGUGACCAGGGCCAUCUCGGACUACACGCAGACGCUGUCCAAGCGGCCCGACAUCCCCACCUUCGAGAGCCUGACGUUCCGCAACCGCAGCGCGGGGCUCAUCGACACGUCGUGGAGCGCCAUCCAGAUCGGCCUGUACGCCAAGCACCUGGAGCCCUGGCUGCGCCACUUCCCGCUCGGCCAGAUGCUCUUCGUGAGCGGGGAGCGGCUGGUCAGCGACCCGGCCGGAGAGCUGGGCCGCGUGCAGGACUUCCUGGGCCUCAAGCGCAUCAUCACCGACAAGCACUUCUACUUCAACCAGACCAAGGGCUUCCCGUGCCUCAAGAAGGCCGAGGGCAGCAGCAAGCCGCACUGCCUGGGCAAGACCAAGGGCCGCGCGCACCCCGCCAUCGCGCGCGAGGUGCUGCGGAGGCUGCGUGAGUUCUACAGGCCCUUCAACCUCAAAUUCUACCAGAUGACCGGGCGAGACUUCGGCUGGGAUGGAUAGCAAAUAUAAUUUAAAAAGAAAAAAAUAUCAAAUAUAAUAUAUUUUUUUACCGAUCGGUAGAGAAAAGGACAGUUUAAUAUUUGUGCGGAAAAUAUGUGUUUCAGUAUUUUUUUUUCAACCAAUCUUUUCCCCCUGCCGCCCCAUCCCAGUGUGUAACCAACAUCAAACAUUUGCAUCAAGCAGAAAAGGAAAACUUCUUCCUGUUUUCGGUAAUUUUUUUUAAUGUUCUAUAUGCCCAUUCUUAAGGUAUAAGCACCAGUUGACAUUAAAUACUUUUAGGAAAAUCCUGAGGAUAAACCUCUCUUCUGUUAAAUACAAGACCUUCAUAGAAUUGAUACCCAAGUCUUAUGUUUUCAGCUUCCCGCCCAAGCCACUUGUUUUAUUUUGUUUCGUAAACAUUUUCUCAGUUAAUAAUGUUUGCACACAACAAUUCUCAUAGUGUUUUCAAGUAUAUUUUUGAUCCUUAUGCUACUAUGUGUUAUGAAUGUAGUUUACAAAGACCACAAUCCCAUUUUAAAGAUAAGGGAAACAGUCUCAGGGAGGUUAAAUCACUUAUCUUAAGGCCAGCUGGUGGAUCCUGGACAAAAUCCCUUCUUCCAUGUUCUCCCUAUUUUACAAUAAUUUUCCAAGGGAGAAUGAGGCAAUAGACAUCUCUACCUUUUGGAGCUGAUUCUGGGAUGAUCUGAAAGGAGCAGUGAGGGUUUGUUAUGGCUGUCUGAGAUUGAGGCUGGCCUGUGGCCUCCAGCCUCACUGUGUAACUAUACUCAAGGAAGUCACUAAGACAGGACACAGCUUCUCUUAAGAGCCCAUCUUGCUUCCUGGUUGAUCAAAGGUUCAUAGACAAGGACAUCUGACUGAUUGGUGGUCAGCUGAGUUCCAGAGAAAUUACCAAAUUCUUCUAUUGAGGGCAAGAUAUCCAGGCACGACCAGGAGCGUAGUAAGACAGCUGCUUACCUGUGUCUUGAUAUGACUGAUUUUUUUUUUUAAAGAAAACCCCACUUCAGUGGGAACUUACAAAUAUGAAUCUCAUUUUUCUUUUUGAAAAAAAGAAGCCUACGUUUCUUUGUAGUGUCUCAUUUCUAACCUAAGGUAACAACUCCUUUCUGGGUCUCUCAGAUUUCCUGGGUUGGGGACUGCCUCUCUGUCCCUAUAUUUUUCCUCUGUUUUUUUUUUUUUUUUUUCUCAUGUCAGUUACAAUCUUUUGCUCAUUAAUGUUUGGAAAAUACUCUAAGAAACACAGUUGUGGGUAACAUGGUGGCUUUUUCUCUGCUCCCAUCCCUUCCUGCCCAUCCCCCACUUAAAUGGUUCAAAUAAAUCAAUAGUUUAUUAAGAGUAGUCCUUUGCUCUUUGAGUGGGUAUUAACGA